UCCAUUUUAAAAGUGAGGCGUGCUCACUGAAUACUUUACCAAUGAAUCUAGAGACAAUUGGUAGCAAAGUUCAAGGAUCCUCAAGAGCACACUUCUCAGAGAGAAAGAGAGGGAAUAGCAUUCAGUGACCUGUGUUUGAAAGACUGAAAUGAUUGGAUAAUAUUUGAACUACACUGAAAAGCAAUGCAAAUUGAAUGCUGACAGGGUUGGCCAGGUAAUUUAAGGGUUUAACAAAACAUUAUUCAAGAAGAAAACAAGCGGAGAACAUGGCAGAGAGCAAGGCCAGCAUCAGCUCAAAAGGAGGGGCCAAUGUUCUUGCUAAACGGAUGCAGAAACAAUUCAACAGAGCACAGGAGAAGGUGUUGCAGAGGCUUGGCAAAUCUGAGGAGACCAAAGAUGAGCACUUUGAGCACUGUGUCACGAACCUCCAAUACCAACAGAACGAUGGAUACAGAGUAUACAAGGACCUUAAAGCGUACCUCAAUGCUGUCACAGUAAUGAGGGAUGCUUCAAAUCGACUGUUUCAGUCCUUGUAUGAUGCCUACGAUGAUAAGUGGGAUGGUGCAGAGGAUCUUGGGCCAGUUGUGGAGGGAGAAGAGCUUCUGUGGAAAGAUUAUGAGGACAAGAUGCAUGAUCAGGCAUUAAUCACGAUGGAGUCGUACAUGAGCCAGUUUCCAGAUGUCAGGGAAAAGGUGGCCAAGCGAAACAGGAAGCUCGUAGACUAUGAUUCUACUCGCCAUCACCUGACAGGGCUGCAGAAUGCUAAAAAGAAGGAUGAUAUUAAAAUUGGAAAGGCAGAGGAUGAGAUGAAUGCAGCAAAGGUGAUAUUUGAAGACAUGAACAGGGAGCUGAAGCUGGAACUGCCUAUUCUAUUUGACAGUCGCAUUGGAUGCUAUGUCACAGUCUUCCAAGCCAUUUGCAACCUCAAAGACAUCUUCUACAAGGAGCUUACCAAGAACAAUGAGGUUCUGCAGACUGUGAUGAAAGAGCUGAGCACCCAGCAUCCAGACAAGAGCUUUGUUGUGAAGAACUUCAACCGCUUUGGUUCCUUGAAGAGAAGGUCAUUUAGAGACACGUUGUCCCCCAGAUCACUUAAAAGCUUUAAAGAUUUCCACACCGGUUACAACCCCAGAGGCUCUCUAAGGAGAGACAACUCAUCCAGUUUUAGGUCUGACAGACCAACAUAUGGGUCAUACAGCCCUAAGCAGACCAGCCCUCAGCCCCUUUAUGAGAACGUCUCUGGUGCCAAAGAUGCAAAAGGCAGCCCUACAAGAUUAGAUUAUCAUACAGAGGAAGGUACCUCGGCCCAUGAGCCACAGCUGGAUAACACCAGCACCUCUGAAGAUAAACCGGUGGAAGAAGACAGGAAAGCCAAAAAGAAGGAGUCCUCACAAGCCUCAGAUCAAGAUACACCGAAUGAGGAGGAGUCUUCUGAGGAGGACUGUGAUGAGAGUGAACUGAAACCAAACUCAAAUAUCGCUGAAUGCUCCAAGAUCAAAGAUCAAAAAUCACCCGAGAAGGUGCGAGACGAUGGGCCUUCUGGUGUGGAGAAUGGAAUAGCUUGUGACGUUAAAUCAGAUGUGGAACAAGCUGAGGCUUCAAACAAUGCUCUUACCAAGGGUGACCAUCCGCCAGGAGAAGUGAACGAGUGAGUGACAGCAGAGGCCCCUAAAUAGCAGACAAAAGAAAAGACCGUGUUUAUUGGCAAUGCACUGGACUCGGACUGCAAAUGCACAACAUAACAGAGGACAUCAACUGCUGUACUCGCUUGUAGUCAUUAUUUUUUUCAUCCUUGAUCGUUUGAGAUAUGAAUUUUCAGAUAAAUAUUUAAAUUCUGGGUUUUAAUCCAAGUUUCUUUUAGACUACAAUCACUUCCCUGUAUUGUCUUCUAUCAUAUGUGGUGGUCUUCCUUAUGGAUUUUAAUGUUCUUAGAUACACUAUAUGACAUACAUUUGUCUAACUGAUCACAGGAAACAAUGGGAAAUGUUGUUGUGUACUUGACAAUUAUCCAUCAUUAAAUAACUUAAAAAUAAAAAUGAACUUGUCACUCAAUUGCCUAUUUUUUAUUAUUAUUAUUAUUUUUUUUUACAUUUUCUUCAUUACACACUCAAGCAAUUAAACUACUGCUCCAAAUCACCUUUCUUUAUUUUUAGAGGUUAGUCUAGAAUGCAGGGUGGUGGUUGUUGGUUAAUAUUAGUCAUUUCGUGGAAUGCGACUAUUGUUUGAUGCUUCACGGGAAGCAGGCAGAAGGAAACACUCCUGAACGCAA